GAGGACUCCGGCUCAACAUGACAAGCGACUGUAUUACCUAUCUGUAGACAAAACGAUUGAGAGGGAGGACAGCUGAGGAAAGUCGCUGGAAGAUGCUCUUUCCAGGAUAGAGACUUUUUUCCUCUGUUCUUUUAACUUGCAUUUUCCUGCUCUGAAUGGACGCCACACGAGCUGCAACGCUGAGGCCAGCAAAGGCUUUUGCCAGAGCUGGAAGCCAAGACUUUGAUGUCCAUCGGAGUGUGUCCACUACACAUUGUGUAGGCCGGUUGAGAGAGGAGCAGAAUGGGCCACCUGUGGUCAAAGGCCUCUGCCUCCGUCCAAUUUCGGGGGAGGGACUAAAGGGAGUGGCUGUUUCACGAAAAGUGGCUGCCCCUUGGAUGGUCAAUGCGGUGUACCGUCACAGCAGACUGGAGACAGUGGAAGAUGUCUUUCAGGGGGCGGAAUCCUCUCGUAAAGCUCACACAGAGAGCGAUACGCACGAGCUUCCCGACCUUGACACAAUAUCGCAGCUGUAUUUGGAGAGAGGAUGCUGGGACAGCGAAGCGGAGCAGAAUGAGUUGCACCACGCAGUUUCUAACAUAUCUCACUCUGAGAACCUGGAAGAGCAGACCUGGCGCAGCACCAUGUACGGUGCGAGUCUUGAUUCGUGGCCGCAAGUAAGUUGGAACAGCAGCCCUCAGCUAGCGGACCUGCCCUUCAGAGAAACCCAAGCAAGCGGGUCAGCGGAGCAGGAUUCACUGGAGGGGAUCAAAGGUUUCGCUAGCGGUGAUGCGGAUGUUGCAUCACCUCUUGAUAAAGUCCCCCGUCUGAUAAAGAAUGAGCUUUUGCGUGGAGCUCAACCCAGCGACGUCCUCGGUGGCGCCUCACGCUUCAGCGGAAGGGAGGGGGCCCUCGAAGGGCGAGCCGCAAGGCCUUGGCAUGAGACCUUUGAGGGCAGGAGUGCAGAUGGUGGCGCAUCAGUAAGUGUGCCGCUACAAGAGAGCGCCAAGCGGAACGUGCCAACUUUUCAAGCUGCCCAGCGGACGGCGGAAAAGAAAGGUGGAAGUGAAAACGGGGCCACCACUCAAAAAACGGGGGAAGAGGGUUUGCGGGAGGAGGGGCGUCGUCGCAGGAGCCAGAGGUCACAAGUUGCAGAGGGGAGACGGUGGAGGAGUCGUGCAGGUUCUGAGUCGUCCAGUACACAACUGCGGCCCUCCGAGGCCCAGAACAACACUGAGCGGCGGGGAGCCUUGCCGGCAGAGGCGUUGAAUCCGAGCAGACCCGCCAGGGCUGUACCGGAGACGGAAGAGGGGAUGGACGUGCAAAGUUCGGAUGAGGGGGGGGUGGAGUCGAUGCAGGGCUUGGUGUUUGGGCGGGCCGGUUUGGUGGGCCUAGCCGGCUCUGCUCUUCGGUGGAUGCAACGGCUAGCCCGGGCUCUGGCGGCGACCAUUACGAAGUCGCUGCCCAGCUCUGUGCCAAAGAAGAGUGUUGAAGCGGUGCUGUACGGAGUAGUGGCACUGGCAGGGGUCUGGCUGUGCAAGGCCGUGCUUGAGGUCGUUUUGACCACGGGCGCGGUCCUCUGCUGCAUCCUCAUUGCGGCUCGCGUAUUGUGGGCUUCGAAAGAGCGCACAGCCUCCAGUAACAACGACCGUCGUCGAGACCGCAGCCCUUCUGAGGAACAAGAUGAUUGGAUGGGGGCCCGAAAUCAAGAUGAGCGACAUGCACCUCGAAAACGGAGUGAGUCAAAAUCAAAAAGUCAAAGUGUGCUAGACUGGGCUCUCGGUCAAGAUCUGGGUCCUGGGAUGGAGGGCAGUCGAACCAAGUCAAGGAUUAACCUUCAGAAGGAGCCCGCAAUUUGGAAGCCGAUGCAGGCAGGUUUCGACGAAGUCUUUGAUCGAGCCAACACGCUUAUGACCGCAGUUAGAGGCUCGGCAGCGAGUCUUGAUCUGCUCAGCAUGUUUGAUAUGUCAGCAGAUUCUGCAGGCAAUGGACCUUCGACGUAUCAAAAGAGUUAAGACGAUCUUUGAGAGGACGAUAGAUCGACAUGGUUGGGUCCGGUCCGACAGGGAGUUGACUUGACCAUGGGUUCCCUUUGAAGGCUCAAUGGCAAGGGGGACUCCAUUGUCUUCGCGAACGAAACGCUUUUUACUAAUUUGGCAGGAGCGCGGCCCUGUGAGUUUUACAUAAUGCCCUGG